AUGCCGAUACUGAGUGAAAAAACUAAGGCAAUUGUCGAUGAAAUUGAACGAGAACGAAAAAAAAACGACGAUGAAGAUGAUCACCAUCAUGGAACAGCAAUGACGCCACCCAAUCAAGAUUUUUCGUUCCUGAGAACACCUUCACACGGUAAACGUUCGAUUCAUUAUGACAUUGAAUCGAUAGAUCGAUCUGAACAACGACCGUUGCGAACUAUUCCAGACAAUGAACCUUCCGUUGACAAUGUUCUCCGACGACGAUAUAUCGCACAUUGGGGCUUGCCAGAAUGGCUUGGAGAUAAUCAUUUCCUAUUACAAAAACAUCGACCACCUGCAAAUUCCGUUCGAGAAUGUCUUAUAUCCAUCGCCUCAAUACAUAGCGAAACAGUGAAUAUCUGGACGCAUUUAAUUGGAGCGCUAUGUGUCGCUGUUACUUUCGUUCUAUUUCUCGUUGAUAAUCAUAGACAGAUGGAUUUGAGUGAUUACAUAUCAUUUAGUAUUUUUUUCAUAUCUGCGAUCUUAUGUUUAACAUUUUCAACGUUAUUACAUGUAUUUAUCAAUUAUUCACCACGUGUUAUGGUUAUCGUUUCCAAACUUGAUUACAUGGGCAUUAAUAUUUUAAUUUUUGGCUCAAUGAUUCCAGUUAUUCAUUACUUUUUUUAUUGUUAUUUUAAAUUAAAAACAAUCUAUAUUAGUAUUCUACUUGUUUUAUCACUGGCUUCCGUCAUUGGCACGAGCAGUGCUACAUGUUCACAACCACACUGUCGUCCAUUCAAAGCUAUUCUGUUUAUUGCGUUGGGUCUUUACGGUGUCGUACCGGCCGUUCAUGCAUGCAUUCUUCACGGUUUUCCUCGUAUGUUUCAAAUGGGUUUUCUUUAUCUUUGUAUCAUGGCUGUAACAUAUAUCGCUGGCGGUGUAACCUAUGCAGUUCGAGUGCCAGAACGAUUCUUUCCUGGUCGUUUUGAUAUCGUUGGACAAAGUCAUCAUAUCUUGCAUGUCGCGGUAAUAGUUGCUAUUUACUUGCACUUUUAUGGCAUCUGUACAUUAUUUCACAAUGUUAUUCGAACUGAACAAUGCAUCUUGCCGAUAACCUUCAAAUUUGGAGUGGCCGAUUUGCCCGUUCUCUCUUCCAGUACUUCGAUCAAAUCUUAG